UGUGACUGGUUGUGCAUAGCAUUCGCGCAAGCUUGCCAGAUAUUUUUUCUUUUUCGUCUUUAGGCAGUCACGUUUCAAAACUAAUAUUCGUCAUGGCGGAUCCAAGAAUAAGACAAAUUAAAAUUAAGACAGGAGUCGUAAAGCGGCUGGCAAAAGAAGAAGUUUUGUACAUAAAGGAGGCCAAGCAGCAGGAAGAGAAGAUCGAACGACUGAAGGCAGAAGCAGGAGACGAAUAUUUAAUUAAGAAACAAAUGGAGGUGCUGCAGGAGUCACGGAUGAUGAUCCCAGACUGUCACCGUCGCUUGGCAAUGGCCCAUGCUGAUCUCCAGCAGUUACUGGAAACAGAAGAAGAGUUGGUGGAGACGGAGGAAUAUAAGGAAGCCCGGACAGUUCUUGAUUCAGUGAAACUAGAGGGAUGAGGAAGUUCAGCAGACACAAAUGUCCAUUCCAUACACCAGGACGCAGCUGGCAACUUUUGAUCUACAUCCCUAUGUGGAAUGUUUGUUUUGUUUGUAAUAUAAUUUUUUCCCUCUUUUUUUGUAAUUAUUUUUACCUUACAGAUUGAUCUGCCGCCUGGUAUUUAGUGAGUGUCCAAACUUGCCCAAAAACAAUAAAACAUGAUUUCU